AUGGCUCAGUCGGCGAUCGUCAAUGAUGGUUGGACAGAUGCUAGGGUGACCCCCCACGCAUUGACGAGUAAUCUAAAUAAGAGAGUCCAGGAACUAAUCCGAUUUGAUAGCUCGCUCGAUCUUCGUUAUCCAAAGUUCGGGACUGAAGGUGAAAGGAUUGGAAACAAUAGCAAGGUCCGUAUGAACAAAUAUGUUGAUUGGUUGACAGGUGCGUAA